GGAAUAACCACUUAAUAUGUCAACAGAGGCCGAGCUCCAGCCUGCUGCCAGACCCAGCGUCAAAAAAGAUUCCAAGAGGAGAGGGCAGGACCGCACUGAGGCAGCUCUCAUAAAGCGCUUUAAAGGGGAUGGUGUCCGCUACAAGGCUAAGCUCAUCGGCAUUGAUGAGGUCACAGCCGCAAGAGGAGACAAGCUCUGUCAGGACUCAAUGAUCAAGCUAAAGGGGAUCGCAGCCUCAGCACGCUCGAAAGGAGAACACAAGCAGAAAGUUUUCCUUACAGUCUCCUUCGGCGGGAUCAAGAUCUUCGAUGAAAAGUCAGGGGUUCUUCAGCACCACCAUGCAGUUCAUGAGAUUUCCUACAUUGCCAAGGAUAUCACAGACCACCGGGCCUUUGGCUAUGUAUGCGGGAAAGAAGGCAACCACCGAUUUGUAGCCAUUAAAACGGCUCAGUCUGCUGAGCCAGUGAUCCUCGACCUUCGUGACCUUUUCCAGCUGAUCUAUGAGAUCAAGCAGAGAGAAGAGAUUGAGAAAAAGGCUCAGAAAGACAAGCAGUGUGAACAAGCAGUUUACCAGACCAUUCUGGAAGAAGAUGUGGAGGAUCCGGUGUACCAGUACAUUGUGUUUGAGGCGGGACACGAGUCCAUCCGUGACCAAUCAGAGGAGAGCAUUUAUCAGGUCCCUACCAGCCAACAAAAGGAGGGAGUGUAUGACGUCCCAAAGCGACAUCCAAAUGAACAUAAUGGCCAGACCAAACUGCUGGAUCUAGAUGCUGAACUUGAGCUGUUCCCUCAGAAUAUCCACCAAUUAGAGCUUUUUGGAGACAUGUCUACUCCACCUGAUAUCACCUCUCCCUCAACACCCGCCUCUCCAGCUACCGCUCUAGACCCAACGCUGCUCCACCAGCCUCCCUCAGAACUGUUUGCUGCAUUCAACCCUGCCUCUGUGCCCUCAGGUUAUGUGACGAUGGGAGCAGUGCCCCCGGGCUGGGCACAGCAGCAGUUUGCAGCCCAGACACCGCUGGCAUUCGGCGUUCAGUCACCAGUUCCCAUGGCUCAGGUGUUACCUGGUGGGCAGCCACUAAUAUGGGGCCAAGCCAACCUCUUCCCUGCUACGCAGCAGCAGUGGGCAGCUAUGGCCGGAGCCCACUUCUCACCCGCUGCCUUUGUUCCUGCACAGGCUAUGGGACCACUCCCAGCUGCUAUGUUCCAGGCCCUGGCACCCAUGCCCAUGGCAGCAGCUUGCCCCACAGCAGGUCCUUCCCCAGGCACGCCAACCGCAGGCACCUCCACUUCCACGGCCUCUAGCCCGCAACAUGGUGAGCGCUCAAUGUCUGGACAGCCCAAGAUGAGCAAGGAGAUGUUCAAGGACUUCCAGAUGGCCAAGCCACCCCCCGCGGGUACACGUAAGAGUGAGCAGCCCAGUCUGACAUGUACCACAGACGCUUUUACCAGCUACUUCAGCCGGGUGGGACUGGUACAGGACAACGACGACUGUGAUGACUUUGACAUCUCCCAAAUGAACCUGACACCAGUCACCUCCACCACACCCUCCACCAACUCACCGCCCACACCAGCCCCUCACCAGAGCUCCCCAUCAAAGGCAUCAUCGCAGGCCAGUGACCCGCCCACUGAUGACUCAUUCGGGGAAGCGGAGGGCAGCCCUAGCCGCAGUGGCGAGGAGGACACUGCUGGAGAUGCACAGUCUCCGAGUGUGAGUGAGCCUCAAGCAGAGCCUGGUGGCUCUGAGCCAGACAGUCCUCAGGGGAAGGACCCUCUCUAUGCCAAGAUCUGCAAAGGAAAGAAGUGAAGGAUCAUGGGAAGACUGCACAUAACUGAACAGUGCUCAGGAGGGAGCAAGAGACCAAACCCUUAGGGCUGGUGUGUGUGUGUGUGUGUGUGUGUGUGUGUGUGUGUGUGUGUGUGUGUGUGUGUGUGUGUGUGUGUGCGCGUGUGUGUCUGUCUCCCCGGUUGCAUGAGAGUGGAUGGUAUUCAGAGCUCACCUGUGAUGGAUCACUCCAGCCUUCUUGGCCUUCAGUCCCCCUCUGGAUCUCACUCUGUCUGGAGAACUGCAGACUGGACGCUCCGCUCUUCUUUUUGUCCCUCCAUCGAGCUCUUUGUUUCUGUCACACAGUGUUUCCUCCACUCAUAAACUGAAAGUGGAAUAUUAAACACAGAUUAUGAUAAUGUUCACACACUGUCUUUUUGCUCACUCUGUGUCAUUCUUUCGCUCUCUCUUUCUGUCUUACUCUUAUGCCCUCUAGCCAAUGUAGUAUGAGUGCAAACAUUGAGAGGUGCCUCAUUCCAUUGUACACACCUCUCUCUCUCUCUCUCUCUCUCUCAAGUGAGAGUUCAAGAAAUCACUGCUUCAUAAUCCUGCCUAAUCCCAGUCUCUGCACUGUCAUCUCUCUGCGUAGUCAAGGCCAAAGCAAUCGACUACAGAGUAAUCUAUUUGAUCCAUCCGUAGGAUUAUGUGAUUCAUCUAUUUGGGUUUGUUUGGUUUCGCUCCCCGAUCU